CCCGGGCGACGGGUCACGUGGCUGCAGCUGAGAGACACGUUGUAUUCACGCGCCUUUUCUGCACACACUCUCAUGCACACACUCUUUCUCCCUGUCUCGCGCACACACACACGCACACACACGGCAACACUGUAAUUCGCUUCAAACAUGAAGCUAUUCAUUUUAACUGCUGCGUUUUUGCAUUGCGUGUGUGCAUCUCCUCUCUUUACAGAAAAAGAGGAGUAUGUCUUCAAAACAUGGAUGUCUGAGCACGGUAAACAGUACGACCUGGAUGAGUAUUACCACCGGCUGCAGAUCUUCACCGAGAACAAGAAGAAAAUUGACACACACAAUGCUGGAAAUCACAAGUUCAGAAUGGGACUGAACCAGUUCUCAGAUAUGACCUUUGCUGAAUUCAAGAAAUUCUACCUCCUCAAGGAGCCUCAGGAGUGCAACGCUACCAAAGGGAAUCACGUUCGAGGUGCUGCCUUGUACCCAGACUCCAUUGACUGGAGAAAGAAAGGAAACUAUGUCUCUGAAGUAAAAAAUCAGGGUGGUUGUGGAAGCUGCUGGACUUUCUCUACCACAGGCUGCCUGGAGUCCGUCACGGCCAUCGCCACGGGGAAACUCCCUUUACUGUCAGAACAGCAGUUGGUGGAUUGCGCUGGUGCGUUCAAUAACCACGGCUGUAACGGUGGACUUCCCAGUCAAGCCUUUGAGUACAUCAUGUACAACAAAGGGCUUAUGACAGAGGAAGACUAUCCCUAUGUCGGGCGAGAUGGACAGUGUAAGUUCGACCCCAAGCUUGCUGCUGUCUUUGUGAAGGAUGUGGUGAACAUCACAAAAUAUGACGAGAUGGGCAUCGUGGACGCCGUGGCCAGGCUCAACCCGGUCAGCAUCGCUUUCGAGGUCAUCUCGGAUUUCAUGCACUACAAAGACGGAGUGUACACCAGCACUGUAUGUCAGAACACUACAGACACGGUGAAUCACGCCGUGCUCGCUGUGGGUUACGCCGAGGAGAACGGCACCCCCUACUGGAUCGUGAAGAACUCUUGGGGCCCCACCUGGGGCAUUGACGGAUAUUUCUACAUCGAGCGAGGGAAGAACAUGUGCGGUCUUGCUGCUUGUGCUUCAUAUCCUUUGAUUUGAACUAUUAGGACUGAAAACUGAAAGUCAUCUGAAAUCCUACCAUCAAAUACACACCAUGAGAAAGCCACGAUAUUCACUAUGGCUUUAGAUUAUUUUGUUUGUGUGUGUUAAUCAGGAAUAAGACACAUUUGCUGCAUUUAUUUAAAAAAAAAAUCAUUUUACCUCUUGGUAUUGACAUUAAUUACACUCGUGAUUUUCUUUUUAACACUUUAAUCAAAGCUUCUGAAUGUUCUAGAUCUUUUUGAAUGGGCGACAGCUGAUUUGAAUAAAAUAAUACUAAAAAAUAAAAUAUUCUGUUUUCACUGAA